AUGACGAAUGUUUCGAAUCGCUACUCAACGACAGUUUUUGAACUAGCUAUGAACGAGUUUGAGAGCGAGGAAUCAUUACUUGAUGAACUUCGUAGGGAUGCACCAAACAGCACACUGUAUGGGUGCUCCAUACACAGAUACGGAGGUGGUGUGAUAUUCGACCGCAUAAAUGUUAGUGAGAAUGUCUUGGACUACCGGAUUUUGAUUCCUACACCUCUGACUGAGGAUCCAUGGAUGUUAGAUCAAGAGUGGAGUGAUCCAUUUGGAGCUGAUAAUGAUUUCAAUAAGAUUCCUGGCAGACCUCCAUACUGGUCGUCAGCGUUCUUGUCCUUACAAUAUGCCAUUGAUAGCACCUUCAUCGAGAGAGUUUCCACUGAAGUCACCCCACGCAAGGAUGUGCGCUUGAGACGUAUGCCAGAUGCAGCUUAUAAUGUAAAUAGCAUUGCUGCAUUCCUCUCCAUCGCUUCGUAUGUUUGGGGUCUUUGUGCGUUUGUG